AUGCAGAUACUGCCUCUCAAUUUCUUAUUGUAUACUAUAAGUGGUUUAUGGCGACCAAUCAAGUGGUCUUCAAAAUGCUCCAAGUUACUGUAUAGUAUGUUCACCUUUUCCACGAUAUAUCUAUUAUCAUAUUUGAUGCUGACUCACUUACUGUAUAUCAUCUUUGUUAUCGAUAACGUGGAAGACUUCGCAUCGACUUCCCCAUUUUUCUUCUCAACAAUCAGCGUAAUAUUCAAAGCGGUUACUGCUGUUAUCUAUCGCGACCGAAUUGUCAAUACAGUUGAAAUUCUGCAAAAAGAACCAUGCAAAGCCUGUGAUAAAGAUGAGACUGAUAUUCAGAUGAAAUUCGAUCAUACAAUGAGAUCGUAUUCCAUAUAUUACUUACUUUUAUGUACGUUUUCGGCGGUGGGUGCUGUAACGGCAGGAAUGCUCGAUGUUUUGGAGGGUCAGUUACCUUAUAACACGUGGGUACCUUGGGAUUGUACUUCAUUCCUUUUAUUCUUGUUUACGUCCCUUCAAGAAAUCGUAUCUCUAAUUGUCGCCACGAUUGUAAACAUAGCGACGGAAACUAUAGUAUUAGGAUUUUGUUUACAAUUGUGUGCACAAUUUGAAAUUUUGGAGCAUCGCCUUCAAAGAAUGGUAAAACGCAGAGAAGAGGAAAUAUUUCCGGAAAGUUCGUUGAAUAAAGUAUCGCGCAAAAUAAGCAAGUUGUCGAAGCACAUUUCCCAUCAUCUAUGCAUAAUCAGACUUGCCGGAACAAUUAAUGGCGUAUACAGCAAAGUGAUCUUUGUUCAAUUUUUCGUUAGUAUUUUGGUAUUAUGUUCAAUUGUGUACCAUUUGUCUUCUCAUUUGACGUUUACAGACGUCGCCACCUUAAUCGUCUACACAUUCAGCAUGUUUGUGCAGAUUUUUGUUUAUUGCUGGGCUGGAAACGAAGUUAUGCUCAAAGUAAUGACUGCUAUAAAGACACAUCUGAUCAUAAAGAGAGUUACGAAUAUGCAAAUGUUUUCUCUAAAUUUUUUAAUGUAUACCAUUGGUGGUGUAUGGAUGCCAAUUGAAUGGUCAUCGAACAUCGCUAAGCUACUGUACAAUGUGUUUACCACGGUUAUACUAGUUUUGUUAUACUUUUUGAUGAUAACUCAAUUCAUGGAUAUCAUUCUUGUUGUCGAUAAUAUCGAUGAUUUCGCAACAAAUACUUUAAUGUUUUUGACUAUUGUUGCUGUUACUUGUAAAGCAACAAUCGUUGUAGUACGUCGGAAGGCGAUCAUCAACUUGGUGCAAGUAUUAUUGACGGCACCUUGUAAACCUCGAAAUGAGGACGAAAUGACGAUACAAACUAAAUUUGAUAAAUUUAUAAAAUCAUGCUCGAUAAAAUAUUCGCUUUUAGCAACAAGUUCCGUUACUGGUGUUACAGUAAGAUCUGUGCUAAAUGCUAUGCAAGGUCAAUUACCUUAUCGAGUAUGGCUACCAUAUGAUUUUAAUGUAUCUCCAAUGUUCUGGAUUACGUGUGUCCAACAAAUCAUAACAGUGAUUUUUGUUACUAUUAUAAAUGUCGGCACGGAAACCCUAGUUUUUGGAUUGUUUCUGCAAACAUGUGCUCAAUUUGAAAUCUUUGAAAGUCGUCUUCGAAAAUUAGUGACUAAUAAAACUAAUGAAUUAAUGAAAAAUAAAAUUAGAUAUUUAGAACACUCUUCUCCUUCGUCAAAUGAAGAAAAAGCGAUAAUAUCAAAAUAUAUAUAUCAUCAUCUCAAGAUUUACAAAUAUGCCAGAACGGUAAACGUCAUAUUCAAUCAGGUACUCUUUGUCCAAUUCUUUGGCAGUAUAUUGGUAUUAUGUACAAGUGUAUAUUAUCUAUCAGCACAUAGUUCGCUAUCCGAAACAGCCACUUUGAUAGUAUACACUAUUUGUAUGUUUGUACAAAUCUAUGUUUAUUGUUGGUCGGGAAACGAAGUCAUACUUAAGAGUAUGAGCGUAGGAGACACAAUAUAUCAUAUGAACUGGCCUUCACUAUCAGUCAACGAAAGAAAAGAAUUAUUAAUGAUCAUGUUACGCAGCACACUUCCUAUGAAAUUUACCAGUAGCUUUUUGAUAACCUUAUCUCUCCAGUCUUACAGUAGUAUCUUAAAAAUAUCAUACUCGGCAUUUAAUGUAUUACAAAAGGGUCAAAAUAUGCAAAUACUUUCUCUAAAUUUUUUUAUAUAUAACCUUUGUGGUAUGUGGCGACCUAAUGAGUGGUCAUCAAAUGGUGCAAAACUACUGUAUAAUGUAUUUACCUUUAUGGUAAUAUUCUCGGAGUACUUUUUGGUGGUAACCCAAUUUAUGGAUAUAAUUUUUAUUGUCGAUAAUAUCGACGAUUUUGCCACUAAUACUCUAAUGUUCUUGACUAUUGUUGCCGUAUGUUGUAAAGCUACUAUCGUUGUGAUACGUCGGAAUGCGAUCAACAAUUUGGUGCAAUUAUUGAUGGAGACGCCGUGUAAACCUCGUGACGAGGAUGAAUUAGCAAUAGAAACGAAAUUUGAUACAUUCAUCAGAUCGUGUUUGAUAAAAUACACCCUUUUGUCGAUGAGCUCUCUUACAGGCGUGACAAUAGGAUCAGUAGGGAAUAUCAUGCAAGGUUAUCUUCCUUAUCGAAUAUGGUUGCCAUUUAAUUACACUAUACCCUUGGCAUUUUGGACUAUAUCCAUCCAUCAGAUUGUAACUUUAAUUUUUGCCACCAUGAUAAAUGUCAGCACGGAUAUUUUAGUCCUUGGAUUGUUUUUACAUACGUGUUCCCAGUUUGAAAUUUUCGAAAGUCGUCUUCACAAAUUAGUGAUUAAUAAAACAAUUAACUAUCUGGGAAAUGCAGUCUCUUCGUUGAAUAAAGAUAAAACAGAGAUAUCGGAAUGCAUACGUCAUCAUCUCAGCAUUUACAAAUACGCCAAAAUGGUAAAUGUUAUAUUCAACCAGGUGCUCUUCGUUCAAUUCUUUGCAAGCAUACUGGUAUUAUGUACAAGCGUGUAUUAUCUGUCAAUACAUAUUAGAAAUUUCUCUGGUAUUCUGCCUUUUUUAGUAUACACUAUUGGCAUGUUUGUACAAAUUUAUAUUUAUUGCUGGUCCGGAAACGAAGUCAUUCUUAAGAGUAUGAGUGUAGGAGACGCUGUAUAUUGUAUGGAUUGGCCACUAUUAUCAGUUAACGAAAAGAAACAAUUGCUCAUGGUCAUGCUACGGAGCACAAUUCCUAUAAAGUUCACAAGCAGCUUCUUGAUAACCGUCUCCCUUCAAUCAUACAGCAGUAUAUUAAAAAUGUCAUACUCGGCAUUUAAUAUACUUCAGAAGUAA